AUGUUCCGAGAUGUACCAGCUGCAAGAAAGAUUUUGGAGGGAUACCGAAAAUUAACUCCAUCUGGGUUUCGUCCUUUGAUCCUAGAAUUUCAAGCAAUAUUGGCAGAUGCAGACAAACCUAAGAAAGGGGAUAAGGGUGUGAAGAAGGGAGGGAAGAAAUCCACUGAUAAGGAGGGAUCUUCUGCAACUGCGAAACCUCCUACCAAAAAGCGAAAGCCACCAGCACCUUCUUCUAUUGCUGCUCCUAAAAGACAAAAACAGCCCACUCGCAAGCGAAAGUGUCCCAUUCCAAGUGAAAGUGAAGGUCUAGACUCUGAGACUGAAUCGGAUAUUCAGAUUGAGGAGGACCAGCCUAUUCACAGUGAGGAGGAAGAGCACGUUCAUACUGAAGAAGAUCAAGUUCGUAAUGAAGAGCCUCUUGUUCGCAACGAAGGAGAGACUACGAACCCUAAGGUAACUCAAACCUUCAAUGACUCUGUUCCUUCCCCUCCUCCUUCUCCUAAAACUACUACUACACCUAUUACUAUUGUACCCUAUCCUCCACCCGUUUCUUCAUCACAACAAACCAGUAUUCUUCUUUCUACUCCAAUCUUCACUGAUUCCACAAUCCUAUCCACUACUUCAGCCACACUUGCAGUCUCAGUCAACUUAUAUGAUACAGGGGCUAAAACUUCAGGCUUUUCAACCCAUUUCACCUCCCAUAUCCCCUAUCCAAACUGA